UGCGCACACAAUCGUGUCCCGUCCGCGUUUUCUCUCCCUCCUUCCCUCUACGUUAGUGUCUUCCUCUCGCUCCCCUCCCUCUCGGCUUGGGGGAGAAGAGACAGGACCAAGGUUGAGAGUUCUGUGGAGGAAGCACAAUUCAAAGACGAGCACGGCGUUCUACCUUUCGCUUGCUACCCUCUUGUUUCCUUCCUAUCAUCCUCUGCUGCCAUGCUGGUUUAGGUGAAUCUUGUCAGAGAAAGGGCUCUUCUCUUCGUCGUUUCUCUUUCUCUCUUAUUGCUAGAUCCGUAGGUGAAGAGGAAGGCAGUCCUGCGCCACCCGGGUAGCUUUUGCAAUUUGAGCUUUGUGCAUUCCGCUUGCUUUGCUCCGGAGAUCAAGCGAGGAAGCAGAGAAGAGAAGAUGGACAGGCUAUCUUCGACGGCCAUUCUUCCCGAGGCGUUCCAGGGGGCGAGGGACGACAUCACGGAGCAGCUGGGGGUCGUAUGGCAGCAGAUCAAGGCGCCGGUGAUCGUCCCCCCGCUGCGGCUCUCCGUUCUCCUCUGCCUGGCCAUGUCCGUCAUGCUCUUCGUCGAGAAAGUGUACAUGGCCGUCGUCAUCGUCCUCGUCAAGCUUUUCCGCCGCCGGCCCGAGACGCGCUACAAGUGGGAGCCGAUGGGGGACGACGCCGAGCUUGGCAAUGCCGCCUACCCCAUGGUCCUCGUUCAAAUCCCCAUGUACAACGAAAAGGAGGUGUACCAGCUCUCCAUUGGAGCUGCGUGCGGGCUCUCAUGGCCAUCAGACCGUAUCAUAAUCCAAGUGCUCGACGAUUCCACAGAUCCCGCGAUCAAGAUAGAGUGCCGCAGGUGGGCGAGCAAAGGGGUGAACAUCAAGUACGAGAUCAGGGACAACAGGAACGGCUACAAGGCCGGAGCGCUCAAGGAGGGGAUGAAGCACAACUACGUCAAGCAGUGCGACUACGUUGCCGUCUUCGACGCCGACUUCCAGCCGGAACCCGACUUCCUGUGGCGCACCAUCCCCUUCCUCGUCCACAACCCCCAGAUUGGCCUCGUCCAGGGCCGCUGGAAGUUCGUGAAUUCGAAUGAAUGUUUGAUGACAAGGAUGCAGGAGAUGUCCUUGGAUUACCAUUUCACUGUGGAGCAAGAAGUGGGAUCCUCCACCUAUGCCUUCUUCGGGUUCAAUGGGACUGCUGGGGUUUGGAGGAUCGCAGCUCUCAAUGAAGCUGGAGGCUGGAAGGACAGGACCACAGUCGAGGACAUGGAUUUGGCUGUUCGAGCAAGCCUCAAGGGAUGGAAAUUCAUAUUCCUUGGAGACCUCAAGGUUAAAAGUGAACUACCAAGUACUCUCAAGGCCUACCGCUAUCAGCAACAUCGAUGGUCCUGCGGUCCAGCGAACUUGUUCAGGAAAAUGGCCAUGGAUAUCGCUAGGAACAAGAAUGUAACUCUCUGGACGAAAGUUCAUGUGAUCUACAGCUUCUUCUUCGUUCGUAAGAUUGUAGCUCACAUCGUGACCUUCGUAUUCUACUGCGUGGUGAUCCCUGCGACUGUCUUGGUCCCUGAGGUGGAAGUGCCCAACUGGGGUUUAGUCUAUAUUCCUUCCACCAUCACACUUCUGAAUGCUGUCGGAACACCGAGGUCUCUUCACUUGCUGGUGUUCUGGAUCCUUUUCGAGAACGUCAUGUCCUUGCACAGAGCAAAAGCAACCUUGAUUGGCCUCUUGGAAGCAGGGAGAGUGAAUGAAUGGGUGGUCACUGAGAAGCUAGGGGAUGUCAUGAAGACAAAAGUGGCUGCCAAGGCAGCGAGGAAGCCAAGAAUUAGAAUUGGCGAUAGGCUGCAUCUACUGGAGCUCUUCACAGGAGCCUAUCUCUUCUUCUGUGGCUGCUACGACCUGUCUUUCGGGAAGAACCAUUACUACCUCUACCUCUUCCUCCAAGCAAUCACCUUCUUCGUCGUCGGCUUUGGUUAUGUUGGCACCUUUGUUCCACAAACUUAGUAGCAGUUUUUUGCUUGGAUACAUUGUGGCGGUGCUGAAUCUUUUGGCUGGAUCGCGUGCAUAAAGCUUAAGCAGGGCAGUGAGGGAAAGAAGCAUUUCAUUGUUGAUCGACUAGGGAGACAGAAAGAUGCCUGAUAGGAUCCUUGUGUGAAUACCCAAGUUGAGUGUUAUGGUUUACAGAAACCUAAUAGAUAGUAGGGCAGGUUGAGUCUCCUCCCCACCCAACCAGCUGUUACUGCAGGAGGGGGUGGAUUUAGUUUGAAGAUGAAUGUGCGGAAGCAAACAUCUUUAGAUGAAUUAUGGUUAUUGAAUUUGCCCAACACUCUCU